CGUCCUUCUCAAGUUGACUGCAGAGUAGUCCUGAUUCCAGCUGGCUUCUGGUUUCAAAAUUCAAAAUUCUAAGUCCUAUAAAUAAUCUCUUAGUUUCUCUCCAAUAUUAUGACUACCAUAGCUUCCAACGAGUUCAAAGAUGAGAAGGCACCCUACCCAACUCCUUGCCUCUCUCUUGUUCUUUCUCUUUCCCACGAUUUUCUUCAUAGAAAAGGGCAUGGCACAGAACACAACAAUACCAGUUAAAGUGGGAGUGGUUCUGGACUUGGAUACAUGGGUUGGGAAGAUGGGGUUGAGCUGCAUCUCCAUGGCCCUCUCAGACUUCUAUGCCUCUCAUGGCCACUACAAAACCAGGGUGGUUACAAAAGUCAGAGAUUCCAAAAGAGAUGUUGUUGGUGCAGCUGCAGCAGCUGUUGACCUCUUGCAAAAUGAGGAAGUGGAAGCCAUAAUAGGGCCGGGAUCAUCGAUGCAGGCCAACUUCAUGAUCGGUCUUGGAAGUAAAGCUCGGGUGCCCAUCAUUUCAUUUUCUGCAACAAGUCCCUCUCUUUCUUCGCUUCAGAGUCAAUAUUUUAUCCGAGCUACCCUAAAUGACUCAGCUCAAGUACCGGCAAUUAGGGCAAUAGUCCAGACCUUUGGAUGGAGAGAAGUUGUGCUUAUUUACGUUGACAACGAGUAUGGCAAUGGAGUCAUACCGUCUCUGACUAGUGCCUUCCUGGAGGUGGACGCCCAUGUGACCUACUGGAGCCCCAUUCAUCCAUCAGUAACUGACGAUCAACUUGUUGAAGAACUUCACAAGUUGAUGAGGAUACCAACUAGAGUUUUCAUUGUGCAUAUGCUUACGCCUCUUGGCUACCGGCUUUUUACCAAAGCAAAUGAGGCUGGAAUGAUGGAAGAAGGCUAUGUUUGGAUACUAACUGAUGGGAUAACCGACUUCUUGAGUACUUUGAACGCUUCAGCCAUUGAUUCGAUGCAAGGGGUGUUGGGCGUCAAGCCCCAUGUUCCAAGAACCAAAGAGCUUGAAAGUUUUAAAAUCAGAUGGAAAAAGAAAAUACAAGAAGAAUAUCCAACCAAUGAAAUCUCUGAGCUGAAUAUUUUUGGACUCUGGGCCUACGAUGCUGCUUGUGCACUAGCCAUGGCAGUUGAAAAACUUGGCGCGGGAAACUUCAGCCUCCAAAAGACUAACAUUUCCAGAGAUUCAACCGGUUUUGAGAGUAUUAGAGUUUCCCCGGUUGGUCCAAAUAUUCUCCAUUCACUAUUAAGUACUCGAUUUAGAGGCCUUAGCGGAGAUUUUCAAAUUGGAGAUGGGCAACUACGCACAUCAGCUUUCCAUAUAGUUAAUGUGAUUGGUGAAGGGGAAAGAGGGGUUGGAUUUUGGACACCAGAGAAUGGAAUUGUAAGAAGAUCGAAUUCUACUUCUAAGGCCAAUCUAAGAGCCAUUACAUGGCCAGGAGAAUCUCCUUCUGUUCCUAAAGGUUGGGUGCUUCCUACCAACGGAAAGAAGUUGAAGAUAGGAGUUCCAGUGAAGGAGGGUUUUAGUGAAUUUGUGAAGGUGACGCGAGAUCCUAUCACUAAUACAACAAAGAUCACUGGUUACUCUAUCGCUAUCUUCGAAAACGUAAUGGAAACAUUACCAUAUGCUGUUCCUUACGAAUACGUUCCCUUCGAGACACCUGAUGGAAAGGCUGCUGGUAGCUAUGAUGAAUUGAUAUCUCAAGUAUAUUUUCAGAAGUAUGACGCUGUGGUGGGAGAUAUUACUAUUCUAGCGAACAGGUCCUUCUAUGUAGACUUUACACUACCUUACACCGAGUCUGGCGUAUCAAUGAUCGUGCCCAUCAUCAAUAACAGAAGUAAAAAUGCAUGGGUCUUUCUGAAGCCAUUAACUUGGGACCUUUGGGUGACAAGCGCUUGUUUCUUUGUCUUCAUUGGCUUUGUGAUUUGGACUCUUGAACAUCGAAUAAAUGAAGAUUUCAGAGGGCCUCGUUCACAUCAAGUUGGCACAAUCUUCUGGUUCUCCUUCUCAACAUUGGUGUUUGCUCAGAGGGAGAGAAUUGUCAGCAACUUGGCUCGGUUCGUGAUGAUCAUAUGGUUUUUUGUGGUGACUGCCUCUCCAGCCACAAACUACCCGCCGAGUCCAUCAAGCCUUUCAGUCCAAACACAGAGUAAUUUUGCUUUCUCCAGACCUGUUACCGAAUAUGGUGAUCCAAUGAGUCCAAAUGGGCAGACAUCUCCUGAGACAGCAUUUGGUAUCGAGCUUGCCAAUUGAAAUCAAGAGCCGAAAGGAGCACCUGAAGUAGUUGAUGUGAAUAACUGAUUAUACCCAACUCUGUAUUUCAUAGAAAAGUAGCACCAUGACUCUGGCCCAAUUCAGUUGACGUGUUGAAUUGACGUCAACUCCAUGUGCAUCUUAUAAAGGAUCUGUGCCUGUAUGACUUAACGUAGAUGAUCAAGGGAAAAAAUUACUUAAGGAUGAUGGCCGGUACUGAUGUGCUGAUACCAAUACAUCAUAUUCAUAUAUUCGUAGCCCAAUUAUUAUUAUUAUU